AUGGCAGCCCGCGAUGCAAUCAAGCUCGAGCUGCCCGUGGGGGUAAAAACAUUUAAAUUCACUUUUGAGUGCAGAACCCCAGGACCCGUAACCAUCGAAAUAUCUAUCCAAAAGCCUCUCCAGCCGCUGAGCUCACAAGCUGGUGCUGUAGACGGUCCCGACACCAGCGACAUGCACACCGAGACACCGGGAGUGCUUGGUGGUUGGUUGGAGGCCCAGAAAACCCAAUAUCAAUCAUUUUUAUUGGACAUCGUCAAGGCAGGUCCUCCAGUAGUGGACGAUAGCAUGACCGAACCUGAGUCGGAGCCGACUGCUGAAGAUAUCAAACGUGCUGCUCAAGUGUUCGUUAGUAGCACUGGGCAACUGGUCGACACUGUUGACGAUAGCGUGACCGAACCCAAGUCGGAUUCUGGGGUGGAUCCAAAGCAGGAGGCUCAGACUCCUGUGGCCUUCACCUGCUUCUAUGAGGCCCUUCUUGUUUCCAGCAGCCUUACCACACUGGCAUUCUUCCCGCAGCUCCAUAGGCAUACAACUUCGCCAGCACUAGUACUGGCAGGAGCUAUCUGGGACCCUGUUGGUCCUGGAAAAGCAAACCAGUCAUGGUCGUGUCCACCACUUGGCACUAAGGACUGCGAGCGCGAGCGUGGCUCGCUGCUCAACGAGAAAGGUGUUUAUUGUGGGGUUCCCAUCACAUGCUCAGGCACUGGUCCACUGAAGAAGUUAUCAUGCUGGGGCAAGCUGUUGUUUGGCACGUUUGGCAGUGGGGACGGAUGGGGCUGGUUGUGGCCGAAUUGGAUACAUGGGAACACCAGGAAUGAAGAGAAGAGUGAGCGAGAAGCUAUGGGCAAGCAGAUGGCGAAUCCUAGGAAGCAUAUGGACCUUGUACAUAAUUUGGAUGUGCGAAUCAAAUACUUAGAAACAAGAACCACUCUCUAUGUUAAGGUCGUGCUCAAGGGAGAGGUUACUCAAAGGGCUUUGGCUUCAGCUCGUGCGCUGCGCCCCUUACCCGAGGUGUCAGUCAUCGAUACAUCACACUUCGUAUUUUGGCUCUGCGGAACAUCCCUCAAUCCCGACGCUGUAUUCGCUGCCACGAAAAGGAUUCCUGAUGUCCCUUUUCCAACUGAUGGUUACGGAACAGCAGAGACAUGGGGCAAACUCUUCAGGCUAGUUCAGGACGGGCUCAAUUCUAGCUCUCUAUCCCCUUCCGUUUUGGUCUACGCAAAAGCCCUGACCUCUCUGUAUUUCACUGCCUAUGCUAGGAAGUUUCACAUUUCACCCUUCACGGGCGAAGAUGGCAGCAAGGAAGUAGCAGGGCUUUGUCACAGUGUGGAUGUAAACCGCAGUCAGGACGGAAAGUCAUUGCUUUUCCUGCUGACUGUGCUUCAGCAAUGGUUUGACAUUGUUGAUGGCAAAUCAUGUUCUAGUCCAAUCCCUGAAGACAAGGUUAUUAUUAGUGAACUUCGCACAGCCAAUACUAAUCUUGACGACAUACCGGAUGAUGUGCUGGAAUGGUUGCUGCCCAUUGAUCGACCACGUUGUCUUCCUUCCCAUAAAACCAUUGUAACAUGUCUUUAUGUCAUGAUUGCCAUCCUCGAUUGGUGGAAGAUCAACCUUGAGGAAAUCAAAAUCACAGACAACAGACUAGAUAUCACUGCCGCAAUUCAAGGUGAUCCAAAUCCCACUCUACAACAUCCCGAAGUGACAUCCUCCGGCAUACUUUCGCGUCUACCCCUAUCCAUUUUCUCACCAUCACCAAGAUCACAUACCUUUUCCGAAACUGAGGUCUUGCAUUUCAGGGCCAUAUUGGAGCCUUUGGCGCGCCUUGUUUGCGAAACAGAAUUUAGGAGUUGUCUUGAGAUCGACAGGGUGAAAGCCUGGGGCUUAGAUGUCUUCAACACUACCAAACCACAAUGCAUCACAGACGCAUCGAUCCCAGCAUUUUGCCUUGCCGCAUGCUGUGCUAUGGAUGACCUGCUCAAAUCCGGGAUACCAUACUCCAGGAUGGUCUGGGGUUCAGCUGCUCCAUGGAAGGCAAAUGUGGAUGCCUCAGUGCUGCUCGGGUAUCUCGGGCGGGUUGAAGGCACGGAAAUUCAAAACAGCAUCCCGCCUGCUUAUGCGCUGCUGAUACUUUCUGCUGAUGCAGCCAUCUUCACUCCCAAGACAACAGCUUCGCUAGUACCUUUCAUCAUCUCCACGAUGGAGUGGAAAGCAUCACCUCUCCUCAGACAUGUUGGGCUGAAGAUUGCCCAUGUUAUCAGAGAGGUACUUGUGAAUAUCACAGAGGGUGUUCGCGAUGAACUCCUCCCGGCCUUGCGUUCCGCAACCUUUGGAAAUAUCCAGGGCGAUUGCGUCAAACUAGAUGACACCUCACCAGAUCGAUUCGUCCAUCUAGAAUGUGAUCUUCAUUACUUGGAAAUACUCUUCGCCCUUGCAAAGAAUUAUGCCUGGCCAGAGUGGGAUGUCUGGUUUGUAGCGCGCCCGGACAAUCAGGUGUUGCUCACCAAUCAAGCUUGGAAGUACCCACACAUACUCGACGAGUGUCUUGAUGUGGUCCCACUUCUCAUUACGUUCACCAACAAAAUGUUGUCAAGUCUUGAUGAUGUGAGCAAGGGGGAUUUGGCGAAGCUCGAUAAGGACACAGCAAUUGAUGCACUGGGUGGCAUUUCAGAGCAGGUGCAAAUGGUAUUGGAUGCUCAUGUGGAUGUAGACGGGAUGCAGAGUGCUUUAGAGGCACUUGGGACAAAGGUGGCGCAUUCAAGAGAUGAGUUGUUGAGGAAAUGUGUGCACAGUGAUUGA